ACAAGCUGUAGUACCUGUAUUAGCAUACCGUAUGUAAGGUGUCAGUCAGAAUACUGUACUUAGCUGAACAAUAAUUGGAUUAAAAAAGCAAAACAUUACAAAAAAGAAAGAUAAUCAAAACAUUUUCGAAACAUCACACCAAGACAUCACUUUACCUCUUGAAACCUAGCUACCACCAUGGGAGCCAGUACAUCCACGGAGCUGAUCCAGAUCGCUCAGAUCCCGCUGGCACUGCUGGCCAUCACCGGGCUGGACGGCAUCCUGUGGCCCACGCAGACACUGCUGCAAGACAACGCAAUAUACGACUACAUAGUGGUGGGCGCGGGGUCGGCUGGCUGCGUGGUGGCCAGGAGGCUCGCGGAGGGGGGCAACAGCUCCGUGCUGGUGCUGGAAGCAGGGGACGAUCCUCCUAUUACUGCUAUGAUAGCAGGAGCAUUCGACUUGCUACCAGGAUCGUACGUGGACUACAACUACACCUCCACGCGCGAUGAGUACGCAGCGCGCAGCCAGAACAACUACACCAUGCUCACUGCCGGGAAGAUGUUGGGAGGCAGCGACUCGCUGAACCACUUCAUCCACACCAGGGGGACAGAGUAUGACUACAACUGCUGGGCCAAGAUAACCAACGAUGAUUCCUGGAGAUAUGACAACGUACUUCCUUAUUUCAAAAAAAGCGAAAGAGUUGACGACCCUGAAAUCCUGCAAGCAUAUGGCGAAUAUCACGGCGUCAAUGGUCCUAUGGGAAUCACCAGACAACCUGAAAAUGAUACAGUCGGUGAUUUAUUGAAAUCCUUCGCUGAAGUCGGUAACCCAACAGUAUUGGAUCUGAAUGCCAAUGUGUAUGUAGGUUACACUCAACCACAGUACAUGUUCGCUGAUAGGAAGCGACAGACGCCGGCGUACACGUACCUCAAACCGAUCAAAGAUUACUCAAAUCUUCACGUUUCUAAGAAUACGAGAGUCACGAAGAUUAUUUUCGAAGGUAAUGUCGCUGUAGGUGUAGAAGCUGUGUUUAAAGGCAAAACCUACAGAUUCAGGGCUACAAAAGAAAUAAUAGUAUGUGCAGGAGUAUACAAUACUCCGCAACUACUCAUGCUGUCGGGUAUUGGUCAUAGAAGACAUUUGAAGUCUUUCAAUAUUGAUGUGAUACAAGAUCUGCCCGUGGGAGAUAAUCUAGUGGACCAGGUUGCAGUCUCGUUAGUGCACAAAUUGAAACAAUACCCGAUACCUAUCCCUGCAAUACCCAGCGACAUAACGAAAAUACCUUUUCCUAUUCUAGUAGGAUCGGCAGCAGUAAACAAAACGAAACAAAUACCGGAGUAUCAGACGUUCAACAUAUUCCUCGCCCAUGAUCUACCGUACCUGACAAUUGCUUGUGCUCAAGUGUUCGGACUGCGGAAUGAGAUAUGUGACAGAUGGCAGAAGCAGGUGGAGUCUAGAGACUCGUUGUACACUCUGCUGACGCUCCUACAACCGAAAUCUAGAGGCAGAGUGCGUCUAGCGAGCAGCAAUCCUUUCGACGACCCAGUCGUUACAACUGGUUACUUUGACAAAGAUGAAGAUUUGAUAAAAAUGGUGGCGUAUGUAAAGGACUUCAUUUCUGUUGGUGACACUGAGUAUUUCAAACAAAUCGGAGCUGGACUAGUUGGUCUCAAUCUGCGGGAAUGUGCGGACAAGGAAGCAGGUUCCGAUGAGUUUUGGAAGUGUUAUAUUCUGAACCAUGCCAGCAGUCCGUACCAUCAGACCAGCACUUGUCCGAUGGGUAGAGUGGUGGACAGCCAGCUGCUGGUGAAAGGUGUGGAGAGGCUGAGAGUGGUGGAUGCGAGUGUGAUGCCCAGGAUCCCCCGCGCGGCUCCCAACGCCGCCGUCAUCAUGUUGGCUGAGAAAGCAAGCGAUAUGAUCAAGGACGCUAACCAAUGAAUACUGUGUUAGCUUAUCAUCGAAGUACAUUUUGUUUUUCUACUUCAAUUAAAUGUGUUAAUGUAUUACACGUCCGGUUGUAGUAAAAUUAGUGGAUUGUUAAUAAAAUAAACUAAUUCUUUUAAUUUUA